AGCUCCCUUUUUUAGAUGGCGUUGUAUUUCAAGAUGUCUGCGCCCAUGGGCUCAGAGUGUGUUAUUUGGUUAUCUGUUGUUUUGUUAACGUCAUUUCAGUCCUGUAGUGGAGAUGAACAUCAUAUCGCAUCGAAGGUGAAAUCUGAACAUAAGGAAAUAAAAAGAUGUGGCUAUAACCUGAAGAUCCUGUGGCAGGCCGAGGUGGGAUAUUCACCAUUUGCUGCAUCUCCGCUACUUGCUGAUGUGGAUGGGGAUGGAGUGACGGAUGUCAUUGCUGCUCCGUUCAGUGAGGCACUGACAGUGUUGAAUGGGGAGAAUGGCAAAACACUGGAGGACUCACGUUGGCCUUCUCAAAACUUGGAGAAUUCUAUACAUUCAAGUCCACUGCAGUAUGACAUUGAUGGAGAUGGGAUGCUGGACAUUCUCUUCGUCAUGUCAUCUGGGGAACUGAAGUUUUUCAAGUAUGAUGGAACACACAUGCCCCAGUACACAUAUCAGCUACCUCCUGUAUAUGUCCUGAAGGACUGGCACGAGAAAGUUCUGUAUGCUGGGUAUGAUGAAAUCUAUCAGUAUAUUGCUGACCAUGUCACAAAGACAAGUGCCUACCUGCCGGUGGAUCCCCAUGUAUAUGCCACACCUGCUCUGGCGGACCUCAACCGUGACGGAAGGCUUGAGGAACUGGUUCUACCUGUCACCUACUUCUUUGAUGAAGAGGAUUACAGAACUCCUGAAAAGCAGCAACAUCUGAAGGACCUGAAGAGUCCACUCUUCAGUCAGUAUUUGGUGGAUGGUGUGACAGUUCUCAAUCUGACCAGCCUGGAACCUCUAAGGCAUGUCUACCUGGAUCUAACACAGGUACAUGCCCAGUUUCCUGCCUUCGCUCUGUUCACUCCAACCGUGAUUGAUCUUGACAGCAACGGCAGCGAUCUGGAGGUUCUGCUUGCUACGUCGGCAGGCAAUCUACAUGUCCUGGACAAGUUUGGUCAUCAGCGAAAAGGCUUCCCCAAAAAUAUGAACAGUUUGCAUGGUCAGGUGACAGUAGAAGACAUUAACAGAGAUGGAAAGCUUGAGAUUAUUGGAAUAGACACAAGUGGUAAUGUUGCAUGUAUAGACAGAGAUGGUGCCACCUUGUGGGAAGGGGAGGUAACUGGCUCAUCAUCGCCUGGAAGUCGGAUCACGGAUGUUAAUCAGGAUGGAAUACUCGAUGUUAUUAUAGCAACGAGUAAUGGUAAUGUAUAUGCUCUGAAUGGUACCAAUGGAAAACCUCUCCCGAAAUGGCCUAUGAAGUUUGGCACAAGGAUAGCAGGAAACAUUCUUCUGACAAAGAUUGGUUCCACCGACCACGACAUAGACCUGGUGUUUGUGGCAGAUGACAGCAACCUGUACUUUGUGUCCGGGGAUCAGACGUGUCAGGCCCACCUGCCUCUGGGGGAGAAUUCAUUGGUGGAGAUCGUUAGCCAUGAGCUGAUCCAGAUGUCCCGGGGCUUGGAGCUCCUGGUGUCCACCAAUGACGGCACUCUGUUCUGCCUUGGGACAGGGGUAGACCCACUUCCUAGGGAAUGGAUAGAGGAGACGUGGUAUCAAGGGAUUCAGCUGCUGGCCUGGCCUGCUGUCACAAAAACAGCCAAUGACUUCACUGUCCAUGACCAGAAGACUGGCAUGUACGUUGCCAGCAGUACCAGGCAUCUGGUGGAGGUGACAGGCGGGUCCUUCUGGCUGCAGUACCAAGUGAUGGAGUCAGCUGGACCCACAUCACCCUUCUCGAAGCAGACGCCUUACACAAUUCAAGUGUAUUACGGCAAGCAUCUACUAGCAGAGGAACAGCAGUCCGAGCCGGGGAUAUAUACUCUCAAAGUUCCUGUAUGGCCAGUUCCAGGUCGAGGUCAUGUGACAGUUGUGCUGACUAAUCAGCAUGGCCAGAUAUUUAAGGACACGUUUCCGCUCAAAUUUAAUCAACUGAUUCUCCAAGAUCUACAGUGGUUGGUUUUGGCUCCUUUUGUUGCCAUGGCAACAAUAUUAUUAGUGAAUCAUGGAUUUCCUGCCAAAGAUUUAUUACCAAUGACAUUCCCAGCAAAAGCAAAGUGAGGACGUCUGACAGAUGUGUGUGAAUGUUGAACUGUACGUCUGUCCAGAGGAAACAUCCAGAACUUGCAGGAUGUUGACAAGAUGUCCGACAAACGUGUGUGAAUGCCGAACUGUACAGGAUGUCAACAGUGUGUCACAUGGUGAUUGAGUCUUCCGAUCUCCUUUUGUUGUGUAAAUAGUCUAUGAUGGUGAGAGACCUCCUGGAGCUAUGAGUGAGACUGUACAGAUGGCACUGAUAAACAUACCUGUAUAUAUGUGUGAGUGCUGCUGCAAGUUCAUAUACUUCUGGAUCUGAUGAAUACGUGAAAUCCUGUCAUUUUCAGGAGGAAGUAUCUUUGUCUGUGUGUCUGGAAUAAGACAAUGGAAAAAUAUAGAAGCUGCUGUACAGGUGGAGAUUCCAGGUCCCCAGCACCCUGUCUCAAAUGUUGCAACUGAAUGGAUCAGGUGGCCUUGCUCGCAAAGUGGAUGAUUGUUAUAAGGAAUGGAGUUCAUUAAAUCAAUACCUGGCUUGUCUUGUCCAGACUUGAUUAUUUACAAGCUGGAAUACAGCGGAAUAUUGCUCAGUGCAGUGUUAAACGAACAAAGUUGCUAGUGUCCAUCGUAUGUAAGUGCAAUAGUAAUGUUUCAUCUCACACACACUAGUUUUAACCAUGACAGUCAAAACAACACAUGCCAAGUAUGUACCUAGAUUCUGGGUAUCUGGCAACCACAUCAACAUGUCUCCAAUCUUUGGGAGAAUGGAUUUAGGAAACAUUUGGAGUCUUUUUACCUUCAAGAUCUCCCACUUUCUCUGGUUUCUUGUACAUUGCCUGAAUGUUUGAUGAACAGACUGAACAAGAUCUCUGUGGAGGAGAUUGUUACCGUUGUGCUCAAGGAGUUCCUGUCAUAUUGUUACUGUGCCAUGUGUCCAUCUGUUUGUCUUUGCUAUUUCCUGUGUCUGUCAUAAUGUAUCUGAACAUAAUCCUGGUAGUCAAACUGCAGACUUUUAAACAUGUAACAUCAGUAGUAUUGUGAUGAAUACAUUCAGAUUACUUGAGUCCUGUGAGAAAUAGACAGUCCAUCAUGUCAGUGAAGACUCUUCCAGCAGUCCAGUAGUCCUUGAAUUAAUGGACCGCCUCCGUGGUGUAGUGGUUAGAGCGUCCGCCCGCAGCGGAAGGUCGCGGGUUCAAUCCCCCGACCCC